AGGCUCCAGAGCCUGCCCCCCCCGCCAACCCGUGUACGUUAUCUGUCUGCUUGUCAUCACCGGGCACCCCAAGAUCAUGGGGAGACUAAUGGCUCUGGCCCUACUAGGGGCCAGCUUGGCCUUCAUCGGGGAGAGGAUCUUAUCCUUGAGAGGAAAAAUGAAUGCUGUGUCUCGAGAAGUGACAUCUGUGGAACUUCAGAACUGCCAGCUUAUUGAGGGACUUGAAAAUGGCUCUGAAGAUAUUGACAUACUUCCUAGUGGGCUGGCUUUUAUCUCCACUGGACUAAAAUAUCCAGGAAUGCCAUCCUUUGCACCAGAUGAGCCUGGACAAAUCUUCCUGAUGGAUCUUAAUGAGCAAAAUCCAAAGCCACAUGCAUUAAAAUUCAGUGAUAGUUUUGACAAAGAAAUAUUUAACCCACAUGGGAUUAGUACUUUCAUCGACAAAGACGAUACAGUGUAUCUUUAUGUUGUGAAUCAUCCCCACAUGAAGUCCACUGUGGAGAUAUUUAAAUUUGAUGACAAACAGCGUUCUCUCAUACACUGGAAAACCAUAACUCAUGAACUUCUCAAGAGUGUGAAUGACAUCGUGGCUAUUGGACUAGAAGAAUUCUAUGCUACAAGAGACCAUUAUUUUACUAGCUUCCCCAUGACAUUCAUUGAGAUCAUCUUGGAACUUCGCUGGACUUACGUUCUUUUCUACAGCCCAAGAGAGAUCAAAGUGGCAGCCACAGGGUUUAAGUCUGCCAACGGGAUCACAGUCUCACAGAACCGGAAGUAUGUUUAUGUAGCUGAUGUAUCUGAUGCUGCCAUUCACAUAAUGGAAAUACAAGAUAACUGGAAUUUAACUCAACUGAAGAGGAUACAAUUGGGCACCUUACCAGAUAACUUGAAUGUCGAUCCUGCUACGGGAGAUAUCUUGGCAGGAUGCCAUCCAAAUGCCAUGAAAAUUUUGUUCUAUAACCCUGAGGAUCCUCCAGGGUCAGAAGUACUGCGCAUCCAGAACGUAUUGUCUGAUAAGCCCACAGUGAACACAGUGUAUGCCAAUAAUGGCUCUGUGCUUCAAGGCAGCUCAGUGGCUUCUGUGUACCAUGAGAAAAUGCUCAUUGGCAGUGUGUUCCACAAAGCCCUCUACUGUGUGCCCUAAAUCGAAGACAUUCCAAAAGUCUAUGUACUUGGUAAAUGCAAACUUGCAAUUGUUUGAUAAGUGAAAGUUCAAACAAGUAAUAAAUAAAAAUAAAAAUGU